AUAUGCAGUAACCCUGAACAAUCUCUCAAACUGCGGGCACAGACAGGAGCUAAUAUAAACAGCCUGCCCUUCACUCGGGGCUAUCAGGGGGUGAGGAAGCAGUUACCUCAGUCACUGACCCCCGGCCCUUCAAACAGGCAGCCCAUCUAGAUCGGCCAGCGGUCAUGGCCACCCUGGAGGGCUGUCGCUGUCGGAGUGCCAGCGCCCGAAAUAACAACAGCAUUCUCUACAGCAUUUUGAAGAGCGAUAGCCUUGUGACCGCCGAGGAGCCACAACACCACCAUCAUCAUCAGCAGCAGCAUCAAACCCUGCAGCAUCUGCUCCUGAAGGGCUCCUCCUCCCUGUCGGGCUCGCUGCAGGAGCUCCGGCAGCAGUCCUGCUCCUGCGGCUCGACGCGCCGCCGCGGCGUCCUGCGAACACCGCAGGUGACGUGCAAAGCUGCGUCGGCCGUGCUGGUGAAGACGCUGCACUUCGUGAAAAACGUCCCCUGCUUCCGCGAGUUGCCGGACGAUGAGCAGCUGAUGCUGAUCCGGAGCGGCUGGGCACCGCUGCUGGUCCUGGGGCUGGCGCAGGACCGGGUGGACUUUGAGACGACGGAGACGGUGGAGCCCAGCAUGCUGCAGCGCAUCCUGACCGGCGCGUCGGAGCGGCAGAGCGAGGUGCUGUCCGGGCAGAACAGGGCUGCGGUCGGGGUGUCCGUGGUGGACAUUGAAGCGAUCAAAGCCUUUCUGAAGAAAUGCUGGAGUGUGGAUAUCAGCACUAAGGAGUACGCGUACCUGAAGGGAGCUGUGCUCUUUAAUCCAGAUUUGGAAGGUCUUCGCUGCGUUCACUACAUCCAGGGGUUGCGUCGGGAAGCGCAUCAGGCACUAAACGAGCACGUCCGGCUGAUCCACCGCGAGGACACCACGCGCUUUGCCAAGCUGCUGGUCGCCCUGUCAAUGCUGAGGGCCAUCAGCCCGCUGGUGGUCGCACAGCUCUUCUUUAGACCGGUGAUCGGGGCAGUGAACAUCGAAGAGGUGCUCAUGGAAAUGUUCUACGGAAAGUAGGUCACCUGGAGCAAGGAAAAAAAACUAACAAAAAGAAAAAAAAAAAAUGCUCUGAACUUGUUUUGUAUUGGAGGUGAAACUGAUAGACUUGGUACAAUACAUAACUGUUGAAGGACUCUGAGAAAACUGACCCAAAAAAGCCAGAAAGUGUGCGUGUGUGCCUGUAAGAAUAAUGUGGGUUGGAAGAGAUGUUAUUACAGAGGAAACUUAAAGCAGCUGCUACAAU